AACAAACAUGGCGUUGAAAUAUUGCAAGAUGUAAACAAGCGAGGCACACAUAUCUGGCUGUGAUUUGUAAGCUUUAUUUCUAUAAAGCGUUCUAUGCUUUUCUUUUAGUCACGAAAAGACUUUAACAAUGCUAGACCUCGAAGUAGUUCCAGAGCGAUCUCUAGGAAAUGAACAAUGGGAAUUCGUUUUAGGAAUGCCAUUUUACCAAGCGGUGAGCAUCCUCAGACGUCAGGACCGUGUGAUCAAAGGAGUACAAGUAUGGUACAGCCAGCAGUAUCCACUGCAGAUGGACCUUGUCCUUAACCUCUCUCAUGAUGGUAUUCGUCUCAUCUUCGAUCCUGUUUCACAGCGACUUAAGAUCAUGGAAGUAAACAAUAUGAGUAAGGUGCGACUGAAAUAUUGUGGAGUACAUUUCAACUCACCACAAGUUCAGCCCACUAUAGAACAGAUCGACCAAUCAUUUGGGGCUACACAUCCUGGGGUUUAUAACUCGGACAAACAGCUGUUUGUUUUGAACUUUAGAGGUCUAUCCUUUGAUUUUCCUAUAGAGUCCAAGUUUGAGCCAAAGUAUGCUCAUGGCUUGGGCUCCCUCCAGUUCCCUAAUGGGUCCUCACCCAUUGUUUCCAGGAUGUGUGUUUACACAGGCAACAGUCUCCUGGACACUAAAGCUCCUCCAUUACCCAUCAUCUGUUUCCAAGGCAACUGUUUUGUGGAUUGUGUGGAAGUUCUCCGAGACCAUGGGGUAUCCAGGGGACUCAAGUUUUUACUUCUUACAGAAGGCAAUGGUCCAGGAAAAGUGAUAGACCCAAGGAAGAAAUCGUUAGAGAGGAUAGUCUUGUUUGGAGAUUCCUGUCAGGAUGUGAUUGGAUCCCUCGGUUGUCCUGGUAAGGUGUUUUACAAGGCUGAGGACAAGAUGAAGAUACACUCCCCUGACGCUCACAGACGAUUACGUUCUCGCUGCUCCGACUACUUCUUCAACUACUUUACUAUGGGUGUGGAUAUCCUGUUUGAUGCCACUACUCACACAGUGAAGAAAUUCAUCUUACACACAAACUUCCCUGGCCAUUACAACUUUAACAUGUAUUACAGAUGUGAGUUUAAGAUCCCGGUAGCAGUGGAGAUGGUAAAACCCAAGUUGGUACAAACAGACGAUAGCUCUGAAGAGGAGGUGGUCAUCACAGCCUACUCCAAGUGGGACACAGUCCAGGACUACCUAGUAAGGCCUGACCAACGUCCAGUCAUCCUCAACCGAUCAUCCUCCACCAAUACCAGCAACCCAUUCGGAUCUACUUUCUGUUUUGGGGUACAGGACAUGAUAUAUGAGGUGAUGCAUAACCAGCACAUAGCAUCUGUAACCAUCUACCAGAGUAGGGCAGGGUCAACACGAGACGCUGGCUCCUGAGGGGAUAACAGGGGAUUUAUCAAGUACUGAAUUCAACCUUUGUAUAGAAGUGUACUCGGGGGCAACUGAUGCAUUUGUAUACUGGGUUCAGCAAAUGUAUUUGUAAGGUGGAGUCAUUUGAUGCAUUUAUCCUCAUGAAUAUCCUGAAAUGCACCUGUAAGUCAACAAGCAGAACUAUGUUCUAGAGAUUAGCUAGUUGAUGUGUGAAUAUGAAUGUGUGCUGGAGUCAAACAUCAACCAGUCCAUGUGUAAUGGUGAGUGUGUACUGAGGUCAAUCAAUCCAUGUCUAAUGGUAAAUGUGUACCAAGGUCAACCAGUCCAUGUGUAAUGGUGUGUACUGAGGUCAACCAGUCCAUGUGUAAUGGAAGUGUGUACCGGGGUCAACCAGUCCAUGUGUAAUGGUGUACUGAGGUCAACCAGCCCACGUGUAAUGGUGUGUAAUGAGGUCAACCAGUCCAUGUGUAAUGGUGUGUACUGAGGUCAACCAGUCCAUGUGUAAUGGUGUGUACUGAGGUCAACCAGUCCAUGUGUAAUGGAAGUGUGUACCGGGGUCAACCAGUCCAUGUGUAAUGGUGUACUGAGGUCAACCAGCCCAUGUGUAAUGGUGUACUGAGGUCAACCAGUCCAUGUGUAAUGGUGUGUACUGAGGUCAACCAGUCCAUGUGUAAUGGUGUAGUGGUGUACUGAGGUCAACCAGUCCAUGUGUAAUGGUGUACUGAGGUCAACCAGCCCAUGUGUAAUGGUGUGUACUGAGGUCAACCAGCCCAUGUGUAAUGGUGUGUACUGAGGUCAACCAGUCCAUGUGUAAUGGAAGUGUGUACCGGGGUCAACCAGUCCAUGUGUAAUGGUGUACUGAGGUCAACCAGCCCAUGUGUAAUGGUGUGUACUGAGGUCAAUCAGUCCAUGUGUAAUGGUGUGUACUGAGGUCAACCAGUCCAUGUGUAAUGGUGUGUACUGAGGUCAACCAGCCCAUGUGUAAUGGUGUGUACUGAGGUCAACCAGCCCAUGUGUAAUGGUGAGUGUGUACUGAGGUCAAUCAAUCCAUGUGUAAUGGUGUGUACUGAGGUCAACCAGUCCAUGUGUAAUGGUGUGUACUGAGGUCAACCAGUCCAUUUGUAAUGGAAGUGUGUACCGGGGUCAACCAGUCCAUGUGUAAUGGUGUACUGAGGUCAACCAGCCCAUGUGUAAUGGUGUGUACCGGGGUCAACCAGUCCAUGUGUAAUGGUGUGUACUGAGGUCAACCAGUCCAUGUGUAAUGGUGUGUACUGAGGUCAACCAGUCCAUGUGUAAUGGUGUGUACUGAGGUCAACCAGUCCAUGUGUAAUGGUGUGUACUGAGGUCAACCAGUCCAUGUGUAAUGGUGUGUACUGAGGUCAACCAGUCCAUGUGUAAUGGUGUGUACGGAGGUCAACCAGUCCAUGUGUAAUGGUGUGUACUGAGGUCAAUCAGUCCAUGUGUAAUGGUGUGUACUGAGGUCAACCAGUCCAUGUGUAAUGGUGUGUACGGAGGUCAACCAGUCCAUGUGUAAUGGUGUGUACUGAGGUCAACCAGUCCAUGUGUAAUGGUGUGUACGGAGGUCAACCAGUCCAUGUGUAAUGGUGUGUACUGAGGUCAACCAGUCCAUGUGUAAUGUUUAGUGCCGUCUGGGGUCCAUAUGAGUAACGAUGAGUGAUCUGGGGUCAACCAGCCCAUGUAUAACGAUGUCUACUGAGGUCAACCUUGUAUAAUGAUGUGUCUUGUUUUUGACCAUAUGAACUGUUAAUGGAAGACAUGUUUGAAGUCUAUUUAUAACUGAUACAUAAAUGUAAUUAAUAUUUGCAAACCAUUGCAUUACUCUCGGCCCAGUAACAGCAUGAAAGGCUACAGUGAUGAACUUGAUCACUACGUUUGGUGUAUAAAGUUACUCCUUGUUAGGAUAGGUCACUCCUUGUAAGGAAAGGUUACUCCUUGUAAGGAAAGGUUACUCCUUGUAGAGAAAGGUCACUCCUUGUAGAGAAAGGUUACUCCUUGUAGAGAAAGGUCACUCCUUGUAGAGAAAGGUCACUCCUUGUAAGGAAAGGUUACUCCUUGUAAGGAAAGGUUACUCCUUGUAGAGAAAGGUUACUCCUUGUAGAGAAAGGUUACUCCUUGUAAGGAAAGGUUACUCCUUGUAAGGAAAGGUUACUCCUUGUAAAGAAAGGUUACUCCUUGUAAGGAAAGGUUACUCCUUGUAAGGAAAGGUUACUCCUUGUAGAGAAAGGUUACUCCUUGUAGAGAAAGGUUACUCUUGUAAGGACUAAGCUAUCAAUGUUGUAGCGACAGUGUGCUGAUGUGAUCAACCAUGACCUUUCACGGUGUUAUUGCUCCGAGAGUAAGAACUUAACAAGAAUGUAAGCUAGUGGGAAAGUAUAGUGGGAAAACUCACCUAGAGGUGAAGUCCCUAAUGUGGUCAGUCUAGCCAGGAGGUUGUUUCCUGUAGCUAUAUACACUAUGUGUACGGGUGAUAGAAGGCUUAUUAUUACCUGUGACUAGUAACGAUCUCACUGCCAUUAAUGAUACUCUUAUCUGUGAUUUGUGCUACAAUUGUAUCUUUGACAUAUUGAAAUAUUGAACGCCAUAGAAAUGAAGAUUAAAUUAUGAACUGUAAUGGAUUAUUUAUCCUGAAAUUGAAAGAAAGGUCCGUCUGUGAUUAUAAUGUACCAACAUUGUCCUAUUUAUUUCAAUAUCUUGUAAAAUUGUUUAUGUACUGUAAAAUCUGUUACCAUGACUAUAAACACACGUUACAAAUUCUUGAGAUCUAGAUUUCAUGGAUAUUCAUGCAAUAUGAAAUUUUGUAAAGUUGGUUAACUUUGGAAUAAUUUGAUUUGAAGCUGCAGUAAUUGCUUGUUUUCAAUUCAGAGCAAAGUGUUAUUGUUUUUAUCUAUACCAGUACAUAAUUGAAACAAUUUAUCUUCAUUAAGUUUUUAUUUAUCAUUAAUUGUAAAUAAAGCACUGUAUUUAUGAUAUAGCACAAUUUUACUUCUUAUUUUUAAUAAUUUUGAUAUUCAAUAUUUUUUCCUUGCCUGCAAAAUGUGAAAAUGAGAUGGGCUACUUUUCUGGUGUCGUUGUCAACAUUGUAACCUUUGUUUUAUUUGUAUACAUAAUGAAUUUUGUAUCUUAAGAGUUAAAGUAUAAACCUCUGCUUUUGAGAAAUUAAUAGGUCUUUAUUCGCUUGUUUAAUUCAAUAAAACUUAAUCAAUGGUCAAAUUGAAACAAUUCUGUAAUAUGUAUAUGAGAUUUGUUACUUCUCAGGAAGAGUGAUAUGGUAGUAAAAUGUUGAAUUUAGGUGAACUUGUAAAAUCUAUUUGACUUGCUCAUUUCACUUAAUACUUGGUUUUAGUUAUAUUGAAACAGAUACUAUAACAUUAUAGAGAGUGUCUUCUUUCAUCAUGAGAGGAGUUAUGUUUGGUAAAAGCAAUCACAAUUAUUUAGGUGAAUUUUAAAGAAUUAUUUAAAACUGUCUAUAAUACAUUUAGGACACCUGCUCUUGUGAUAAUUUUGGAGAAACUCGAGUACCAAUGCUCUAUGCUGUUUGUGUAACUCAAAACAUGUAGCACACACAUUUGUUGAUCCAAAUUGUUCAGGUUCCUACCAAUAAAAUUAAUAACAUGAAA